AUGCCAAACAUCGCUAGGAAGAUAUUCGCUCGCAUUCUCCUCAACCGCCUGAACCACCAUCUGGAACAAGGUCUCCUGCUGGAAAGUCAGUGCGGCUUCCGCCGUCAUCGUGGGACAACCGACAUGAUCUUCGGCGCCCGUCAACUGCAGGAGAAGUGUCAGGCGAUGCGGACCUACCUCUACUCUAUCUUCAUGGAUCUGACGCGGUGAGUCGCGAAGGACAUAGAAAGGAACAUGGACCUAUUCGCUGCCGCCUGCGACAACUUCGACCUUUUCGUCAACACGGAUAAAACAGUGGUUAUGCAUCAACCGCCACUCGACGCUGCCUACGUCGGUGCGCAGUCCAACAGCAAGUCGUAGACGACUUCACCUGCCUGGGCAGCACCCUCUCCCGCACCACCAAUAUCGACGAUGAAGUGGCCCACCGGAUCUCCAAAGUCAGCCCAGACUUCGGCCGUCUGCAAAACACUGAAGUGUGA